UAUAUACAUGAAGAUAUAUAUAUAUAUGUGUUCAGUAGUAUAUAUUGACGCAUCGUCGCGACGCAAGGGCAGGGUCGUCGGCAGACGACAGAGUUAGUACGCCCGCGGCGUCGACAGAACAUUGAUGUUGAUUAUUGUAGAAUAGAGAUCUUUUUACCAGUAGUAAAAGCACAUUUAUUAAAAAAAAAAACUUGUAAUAAUUAUAUUCUACUAUAUUUUGAAUAUUACUACUUUUUUUGAAAUAUAAUACUUAUAUUUGUGACAUACGUCCGACAAAAGCAUCAAAAAAUUUGUGAAAUUUACCGAGUAAAGCAAUAAUAUUAAAACUCCAUAUUUUAAUCUGUGAUUUUUCUAUACGAUUCAAUUGUAACUUAUUUGAGAUUGCCGUCUUAUUUUUUACAACACUAAGACUAUUAAAAUCUUUACUGCGUAGUUUUUAUAAACUUUCAAAGUAAAUGAUAAUAAAAGUUACUGUAAAUUAAAAAAUAAUUAUAUUUAUCGAAAAUUUUUAAAAUAAAAUUAAUACGUGAUAAAUAAUAUUAAAUAUUGUAUUCAUUUUCGGGAUAUUAACGAUAUAAUAGUACAAUAUAGACACGUGCACUGAUAAAAGAUGGGAUGCAACACGAGUAAAGAGAAUGUUCAACCGGUAGCCGAGGAGGGAAAAGAGGAUGUCAAGAAUGGCGAUAUUCCUAAAUCUGCGACAAGUAAUCCUGCUGAUACAGAACCAGACAAAGUCAUUAACGAUACAGAAAAAGAGUCAGCAAACGUAACUGACAAGGAAAAGGAAGAAGCAGCAGCAGUGAGGAUACAAGCAGCGUUCCGUGGCCAUCAAACAAGAAAGAGUAUGAAAGGAGCAGAAACUACAUCGCAGAAAGGAACUCGGUCGGAAGAAAGCGACCCUUCUAAAGCUCAACUUGAAGAAGAAUUUCGAGCAGACGACGUUGAUUUGUGUAACGCCGCCACGAAAAUUCAAGCUUCUUUUCGUGGUCACAUGUCUAGAAAGGAGCAAGCUAUUACAUCAGCUGUGAAAGCUGCUGAAGAUGUCAUUGAAGAUGCAGCAUCAAAAAUUAAAGAAAAGGUAGAUGAUGCUGCUAGUGAGCUGCAAGGAAUUGAUCUGUCUGAUCCGGAUCUGCACAAAGCUGCAACGAAAAUUCAAGCAAGCUUCCGAGGCCACAAAGUUCGCCAAGAGGUAACCAUAUCAGGGACUGAAAACAAAAAUUAAAAUAAAAUGGCACAAACAAACAACGUGGGAAGUAGUAGAGUUCUACUGCAUGUACAAUCCAUACUCCUAUGUAGGAGUCACAUGAAAUCGAUGGAGCUAAGAUAUUGUUUUGUCUCACUAUAAAAACCUCGUUACUUUACCACUGUUCAAUAAUAGUGUAAAUGAGGUUCUUUUGUUGUAUAAGAUGAUGGUAAAUACCUCACUGUGAACACCGAAAGUUGCUAAUUAUUCCGCCUAAAUUGAAUUAAGGCAGAAUGUAUGGUCACUAUAAAUUUUCAUUUUCACGAAAUUGUCUUUAAACAAGAUUGAUUCCAUAACGUGAUUAUAAUCUAUCAUUCUACAUUUAUACAUGCUACUAUACUAUAUUGUUCACUUAUUUUGCCAUUGAGGAACCAAAAACUCAUAUAAUUUUCAAUAAUAUAUAUUAAUGAAAUUUUUUAAUAAAUGAAUACAAUUAUUAAAAUAAUUGACAGUCCAUAGUUAUUCGAUAUUGGUAACAAAAAAUAUUCAUAUUAAUAACCAACACACAUUGUCUGAAGGAUGCUUUGAAAAUAGUCGCAUUUUGAAAUUGUGAUCAUUAUUGUUGGGUGCAAUUUAUAUUGUUGUGUAUGUGCAACAAUUUUUAGAAACAAAAAAAACAAAUAUUAUUUAAAGAAUACAAAUUUCGGAUUCCCUUAUUUUUUGCACAAUACAAUAUGAAAAGUAUUUUAAACUUAUACAUUUAUUAAACAUUGUAAUCUGAAAAUAACCUUUUAAAAUAUGAUCUAAUUGACUGGGUGCAUCAACUUGGCGAAAAAUUAAUUACGCAAUAUCAUAAGUUUAAUGUACAAUUAUGAUAGUCAAUGGAAAACAACAACAAAAAUAAUAUAAAACCGGUAAAAAAAAAAUUUUCUUUCGGUGCUAAUAGCCAUUAAUUUCCAUUUAAAAAACAAGGUUUUUAGCAGGCCUAAGAACUUGAAGGUAAUAAUUUAUUCUAUGAACCAAUGAAUUGUUUGAAGAUAGUCUUAUGUUAUUUUUAAUUGUUAUUUUAAUCAUGCACCUCGUUUUUAAGUGGAACUACAUUUAUUAUUAUUUUAUAUUACUCUAAAACAGUGUGAAAGUCAAUUCUCUUACAUGUGACUCUAAUAAUUAUCCUUAUGAAAUAUGCUUUAUAAUAGAUAUUUAAAAAAUAUCUUACUCUAAAUUCAACCUACCUGAAAAUACCACUUUCAAUUAUAAAUAAUACAUUUUUGUAUAUAAAGUUAUAUAAAAUAAAUUCAAUCAUCCUGGGUGUUGAAUAUAAAUCUAUCAAUUUUAUUACUUUUCAACUUAAAAUUCUACUUAAAGCAACGAAUAGACAUUAUAAAUAAAAUUCAAUCAUCAUGUUUAUUGAAAUACAUUAUUAAAAGUGUAAUGAAAUUGGUAUUUUCAGUAGUAUUUUUGAAUGAAUACGCAAAAAAAUUAGAUGAUUACCUGUAAUUAUGCUUCUCACCCAAUCUACAACGUAAAUAAAAACAACAAUCUAGGUAAAUUAUUAUUAUUUAAGCAAAACAACAUACUGUGUAUGUAAUUUAUUCGUUAUAAAUAAAUAUCUG